CAGUGGGCGUGGCUUGGUGACGCAUUGCGGCUCGGAGUUGAUCCUCGGUCGGCGCGUGUGUCUGUGAACGCCGCGGCACUGACAAGAGUUCACCAAUCGCUUAAAUCAUUACUUCAACAUGCAUCAUGACGAGAGCAAAAUUUCCUCCACGGCUGCGUUUGAAUCAUCGCUUGUAAACAUGGCAGAGGUUAGACGGAGGUGAGCCCCGGAUCGUGCUCGCUUUACUGAUCCGAUUCAUCCGCUUGUUCUAGUGGAUCGUUUCGAACCGACACGGUUUUGAAAACACGGGAUUAUGAUGACAGCCGGACAAGACGAGAGUUCAGUUCGCGUCGCGCUGAGGAUCCGUCCCCAGCUGGCAAGAGAAAAGAUAGAGGGAUGUCACAUAUGUACAUUUGUUACCCCUGGCGAGCCCCAGGUAAUUCUGGGAAAGGACAAGGCCUUCACAUUCGAUCACGUGUUUGACAUGGACACCGAGCAGGACACCAUCUAUGCUAAUUGCACAGAGAAGUUGAUCGAAGGCUGCUUUGAGGGCUAUAAUGCCACUAUUUUUGCCUAUGGACAGACUGGUUCGGGGAAGACGUACACGAUGGGCACUGGCUUUGAUGUGAGUAUACUAGAAAGCGAGCUGGGAAUCAUCCCACGAGCAGUCAGUCACCUUUUCAAAGGCAUCGAGCAGAGAAAGCAGGCCGCAACAGAACAAGGACGCCCUGUGCCCGAGUUCAAGAUUAAUGCCCAGUUCCUGGAGUUGUAUAAUGAGGAGGUUCUGGAUCUCUUUGACUCUACACGUGAUAUUGAGACCCGAAAACAGAAAUCUCACAUUAAGAUCCAUGAAGAUGCCACUGGAGGCAUUUAUACCGUGGGAGUGACGACACGCACAGUUUCUUCAGAGGCUGAAAUGAUGCAGUGUUUGAAACUGGGUGCUCUCUCACGCACUACAGCAAGCACACAAAUGAACGUACAGAGCUCUCGCUCGCAUGCCAUCUUCACCAUCCACCUGUGUCAAGUGCGUGUGUGCACACCUUCAGACAAUAUUGACAAUGAGACUGAGACUGAUAACCGUCUGGCCAAUGGCUCAUCUGACAUGGAUGAGUUUGAGACGCUAACAGCGAAGUUCCACUUUGUGGAUCUGGCAGGUUCAGAGCGGCUUAAGAGAACCGGUGCCACUGGGGAAAGAGCCAAAGAAGGUAUCUCCAUCAAUUGUGGACUGCUGGCGUUGGGAAAUGUUAUCAGUGCUUUAGGAGACAGAAGCAAACGAUCGACACACGUGCCUUACCGUGACUCCAAACUUACUCGCCUUCUCCAGGAUUCUUUAGGUGGCAACAGCCAAACAGUGAUGAUCGCCUGUAUAAGUCCAUCAGACCGGGACUUCAUGGAGACCCUGAACACCCUGAAGUAUGCUAACCGAGCACGUAACAUUAAGAACAAAGUGGUGGUGAAUCAGGACAAAGCCAGUCAGCAGAUCAGCGCACUGAGAACGGAAAUUGCACGGCUGCAGAUGGAGCUGAUGGAGUAUCGUACAGGCAAGCGUAUGGUUGGUGAGGAUGGACUGGAGAGCAUCAAUGACAUGUAUCAUGAGAACUCCAUGCUGCAGACAGAGAACCAGAACCUACGUGUGCGUGUCAAAGCCAUGCAGGAAACCAUCGAUGUCCAGCGAGCUCGCCUCACUCAGCUCCUCAGCGAUCAGGCUAAUCAGGCUCUCGCUAAAGCCGGGGAAGGCAGCGAAGAAAUUGGGAAUAUGAUACAGAAUUACAUCAAAGAGAUUGAAGAUUUGAGGGCAAAAUUGUUGGAAAGUGAAGCAGUGAAUGAGAAUCUGAGGAAGAAUCUGUCCCGCGCGUCCACUAGGACGUCUUUCUACGGAGGGACCGCAGCGUUCUCUCUCGGCCCUGACCCGUCUCAAGAGACCUCAGAUAUCAUCGAGUUGGCUAAGAAGGAUCUGGAGAAACUGAAAAGGAGAGAGAAGAAGAAAAAGAAAAGGCUCCAGCAACUGCUGGAGGAGAGGAGAGUGGAAGAGGAAGAGGAGAUGGAGGUGGAGGAAGACAGUGUUGUAAAGGAAGAAAUCCCUGAUAAUGAGCAAGAGAAGGGGAAUGAGAGAGAGCAGCUCGAGCCAGCGAGUGAGGAGCCAGAGCAGGAGGUUCAGGAAGGCAGUGAUCAUGAGGAGGCUGAGGAGGAAGAAGAGGAGGAGGAAGAUGAGGAGAUGGAUGCUGAUGAGAGUUCAGAUGAUUCAGACUCCGAGUUGGAUGAGAAAGAGAACUUCCAGGCAGAUUUGGCUAACAUCACCUGUGAGAUUGCCAUCAAGCAGAAGCUAAUCGACGAGCUGGAGAACAGCCAAAGACGUCUUCACACCCUUAAACAGCAAUAUGAGCAAAAACUCAUGAUGCUGCAAAGCAAGAUACGUGACACACAGCUAGAGAGAGAUCGUGUGCUACAGAACAUGGGCACCGUGGAAUCCUGUACUGAGGACAAGGCUAAGAAAAUAAAGUCAGAGUAUGAGAAGAAACUAAGCAUUAUGAAUAAAGAACUGCACAAACUACAAGCCGCCCAGAAAGAACACGCUCGCCUGCUUAAGAACCAGUCGCAGUACGAGAAGCAGCUCAAGAAACUUCAACAGGAAGUGGUGGAAAUGAAGAAAACCAAAGUGCGGCUGAUGAAGCAAAUGAAGGAGCAGCAGGAGAAGAACCGGCUGACAGAGUCACGCAGGAAUCGUGAGAUUGCCACACUGAAGAAGGACCAGAGAAAACAGGAGCACCAGCUGAAACUGCUUGAGGCCCAAAAGAGGCAGCAAGAGCUCAUACUGCGAAGGAAGACUGAGGAGGUGACUGCUCUGAGACGGCAGGCUCGGCCCAUUUCAGGAAAGAUGAACAGGAAGGUCCUCCUACCCGAGAGUGUACAGGACUCUGCUCACAGGAUGUCCAGCACACGUGCACACACAGGAUCAGGAGCUCCAAACGGAACCAGCAGACUGUACCAUCGUAGACCCGUUGGGAUUUAUUCCACCCGUGUAGCACGCAUUAAAUGGCAGAGUCUGGAACGGCGUAUGUCCGACAUCAUUAUGCAGCGCAUGACUAUCUCCAACAUGGAGGCAGAUAUGAAUCGCCUUCUCAAGCAACGGGAGGAUCUGACACGGCGGAGAGACAAGCUAUGCAGAAAGAAGGAGAAGAUGGCUGCAGAGGGCCCUGAAGCUGAAAAGGCCAUACAGACUCUGAACGAGGAAUUGGAGUCCCUGUUGGCCAACAUUGACUACAUCAAUGAUAGCAUUGCUGACUGUCAGGCCAACAUCAUGCAGAUGGAGGAGGCGAAGGAGGAGGGAGAGACGAUGGAUGUUUCAGCUGUGAUCAGCUCCUGCACCCUUUCAGAGGCUCGUUUCCUCUUGGAUCAUUUUAUGUCCAUGGCUAUCAAUAAGGGGCUACAUGCUGCCCAGAAGGAGUCUCAGAUCAAGGUGAUGGAGGGCCGACUCAAGCAGACUGAGAUCAACAGCGCCACUCAGAACCAGUUGCUAUUCCACAUGUUGAAGGAGAAGGCAGAGUUUAAUCCAGAGCUGGAUGCACUGCUUGGGAACGCACUCCAAGAGCUAGGUAACAUGCCUGUGGAGAAUGAAGAUGACAGUAGCAGUGAUGAAUCAACACAGAGUCCUGCAACAGAUGGAAACACUAUGGCUUCUGACCUCUUGAAGCUCUGUGGAGAGACCAAGUCCAGGAGUAAGGCUCGCAGAAGAACCACCACACAAAUGGAGUUGCUCUAUGCAAACAGCUGUGAGCCUGAAGCACCAAGUGGAGAAUUCACCAGCCCUCUCCAGCCAAUGGCUGAAACUCCUGAAGGUGGCACGGAGGAGUCUUUGAGCAGUACUCUCAGGGACUACAUGCUCCCUGCUGCUGCCUUAUCCUCUAGAAUGGGUGGCAUAAACUCUGGCUCCAGACCUCCGUCAGGGCUGGAAAAGCGAGUGCCGGAAGCCUCCCCUCUCACCCGCAGGAAGACCUAUGACAAGGGACAAGCAUCAGCCGACAGGGCUAAAGUCCAAGAUAUCAAACAAGGAGUGAUAAACCCAGUGCCUGUGUCGAAGAGCAAUCGUGGAGGCACUCUGCAGUGUGUGCAUGUGGCUGAGGGCCACAGCAAAGCCGUGCUGUGUGUGGACUCCACUGAUGAUCUCCUCUUUACUGGAUCUAAAGACCGUACAUGUAAGGUGUGGAAUUUAGUGACUGGGCAGGAAAUCAUGUCUCUGGGUGGUCAUCCUAACAACGUGGUGUCAGUACGCUACAGCUCCAGCAUGGUGUUCACCGUCUCCACCUCCUACAUCAAAGUGUGGGACAUCCGUGAAUCAGCAAAGUGCAUCCGCACCCUCACAUCCUCUGGGCAAGUGAGCGCGGGCGAUGCGUGUGCAGCUAACACCAGCCGAACGGUGACUACAGCCUCUGGAGAAAACCAGAUCAACCAGAUCGCCCUCAACCCUACAGGCACAGUGCUGUACGUGGCAGCUGGCAACUCCGUCCGCAUGUGGGACCUGAGAAGGUUUGUCUCAACAGGAAAACUUACAGGUCAUCUAGGCCCAGUCAUGUGUUUGACUGUGGAUCACUCUGGCAACAACCAAGAUCUGGUCAUCACCGGCUCUAAGGAUCACUACAUCAAGAUGUUUGAUGUAACCGAAGGAGCUCUAGGCAGCAUCAUUCCUACGCAUAACUUUGAGCCUCCGCACUAUGAUGGCAUCGAGUCGGUGGUGGUCCAGGGAGACUGUCUGUUCAGUGGCUCCAGGGACAAUGGAAUCAAAAAAUGGGACCUGGCUCGCAAAGACCUACUGCAGCAAGUCCCUAAUGCUCAUCGGGACUGGGUGUGUGCACUUGGCGUCGUGCCAGGUUCUCCUGCCCUGCUGAGUGGCUGUAGAGGAGGAGUGUUGAAGCUUUGGCAUACAGACACACUGAGCGCGCUCGGAGAACUCAGGGGACAUGAGAGCCCCAUCAACAGCAUCUCCACUAACAGUAACUUAUUGUUUACUGCAUCUGAUGACCGAACAGUGAAGAUCUGGCGUGCAAGAGAACGUCUGGACAGCACCGACAUGACUGACGUUACAGAUGAACCUGGCAGCAACUGACCGUCCUCUCAUGUAUCAUGUGGCUAACUGCACCUUGUACUCUGCCCUCACCCACUAAAACAGGACGCCUGACGUAUACCAACAUAGAAGAAUAAUGCCUGAAUAAAAUUGGAUGUAAAACAGACUGGAAUCUGUGACGUCCCCACAGCCACUGUUCCUGUGUGGCCUUGAAAUGUGUCUUAAAAUUGGAUCAAUGCUAUGGAAGAUAGCUAAAGCCAAUCAGUACAAAGUAAAUCUCCUUUAGACUCUGCAGCUUCUCUGUAUUGAUCCCGAUUAACGCCUUGGAGAACCCUGCUUCACGGGGUUUAGCUGGAUGUGAUGAGAGAAGGAACCGGACUGUCUGUAGCUGGCCUCAGUAGGCCGGUUCUCUGACCUUGUUUAUAAACUAGUGCUUCUAGACCUUUGCACAAGCACUGGGCGCUUUACACACAUGAUGCAUACUGAGUAGCCAUAGCUUUGCAUUAAGUGGACUAACUGGAAUCACCAUGCCUUUAAACUUUGCCUAUAUGUUUGAGCCUGAAAAUCAUUGGUGACCAAAGUGUGGAGCUCAGCUGUACUACAAUCAUUAACUUAUUAACAAGUCUAAUAAUAAUAAUAAUAAUAAUAAUAAUAAUAAUAAUAAUAAUAAUAAUAAUAAUAAUAACAAUAAUAAUGCAUUCUGUAGAUAUAGUAUUUCUUUUUCCUUCUGUUUUUGUCUUAAGACCUACUCUAGCUAGAAUAGUUUUACUUGGGAAGGUACUCUAAUGAGUUUUUAGACUACUGUCAAGUUAUGGUGAUUACUCUACCAUGAAGAUCAAGAUCGAGCAUAUUACCAUCUGUGAUUUGUCAACCAUAGCUCUCCCACAGUCAUGUUAGUUCUCUAGUUAAUGUAUUAACUAAUCCUGGGAGAAGUGUGCGAUCUUAUUGUUAUUUGGUUGAGGUCCCUGUGGCAUUAUUCUGAUAUAGAUAUCCAGGAUAUAACAUGUCAAUCCUUUCAGUGCUAAUUAUAGGAAAAUUACACAGUUGCUUUACCCUGACCAUCAAAAUCCCCUAAAACCACAUUUAUGGACCUACUUAAAUAAAUCAAGUCCUGCUCGAUAUGCCUAUUUUAUCAAGCAUUCACUAGCUUUCGUGUUAAAUGUCUUCAAGUCUUCUUGAUAACACCUGGCUGAUGAUAUGCUAGCGUUGACACACUUAACUAGUUCCUGUACGGUGCAUUUAUGUGGAUAUAAGAGGAGUGCAGUGGUCUCUGUGUGCUGAUGUACUGCUUCUGUUUCAGUCACAAUUAAUCAUAUUCAUCUUUGGCACAAAUACAUAUAUAUCCUGAGUAGUGUUGAUGUACAUAGUUACAGUAGAUAACUCCAGUAUGUUGUGCAGUCAUGUCUUAGCAUGUAGCUAACUAACAAAUAGCCUUGGAUUAUAAUCAGAAACAGUAGACCAGGUUGUGAGAAUGACUGCAGUGUAUCUGUUUAACUCUCUCUUUCUGAAGGACAGAACUGUGUAGUGACAGGUCGAGUUAUUUUGCUCACUAGAUGUGUUUGUGAUGUUCUGGUCUUUUGUUGGGGUUGUAGCUGAAUGACAUGUUAGCAAGCUAAAUGUCAGAUACCACAUAAAUUAAAUGCCAUCUGUCAGAAUCCCACGCCACUAUGUGUGCGUGUGUGUGUGCGUCCGUGUGUGCGUUUGUAUGUGUGUGUGCGUGCAUGUGUAAGUUAUUGUAAGGGCAAAUAUGUGGUGAAAUAUGACCCACUGGACACUGCAAAUAGCUUCUGCCAAGCUGUUGUGGGAAUUUGUGUGGCCCGAACCUUGGUUUUGCAGUGAAGUCGUGCCUAACCCUUGUGUGAUCUCUGUGGCUGUAAAGCAUUUUGUCCACUGGAGGGAGGUCUUGUACCUCUGUUCUUCUAACACUCUAAACGAUCUUAUUAAAUAGAUCUUUUAUUUGUGUCUUUAAGUCCGGCUUAUACUUGAAGAAUCAGCCGUGUGGACACUUGUACUUUUGUAAAAAUCUGUGUUUUUCAUCAGCAUACAGGUGCUUGUCUGCUGUCUCGCUUUGCUCUCAAUAUUAUUAUAAUGUGGCUGCACCUGCGUUCAGGACAGUGUAGUGGCUGAAUAAAAGGCUAGCCUGUCAUUCUAUGCCAGCUGCUCGUUCUAAGGCAUAGUCCUCAUUACAAAAGCAUGAACAUCACGGAGAAGGUGAAAUAUUUAUCACUUCGAUGCACUUGUGACAACUUUAU